AUGAACUCUGCAAGCCCCCUGAGGGUGCAUUGGUCGCACCCGGAUCCCUCCUCAACCCCACUCUUUGCCUUCCGCGAAUAUGUCAACCAACGACGUCAGUUGCGGCUUUCGACCUUUGAUGACAUCCAGGAAUGGGCCACGAGCGACAUUGAAGCCUUUGCCGAAGACUUCUGGAACUUUUCUGGGGUAAUCUACAGCGAACGUCCCAAGGCUGUCGGUGUUGGCCUGGAUCAGCUGUGGCCACCGCCAACCUGGUUCCCCGGUGCGGCCCUCAAUUACGCAGAGAACCUGCUUGCUUUUGGUCUCAAGACCAAAGCCAACUCUAUAGCUGUCGCAGCUUAUGAGGAGGGUGACAUCACAGGCAGCAGGGAGCCUCUCAGGCUUACCUUCCGGCAGCUGGAGGACGAAGUUGCGCGCUGGGCGCACGCGUUGAAGAGGCUCGGAGUUGGCGUCGGUGACCCCGUCGGAGUCGUUUUGCCGAAUUACAUCGAUGCGCUGCUCAUCUUCCUGGCUUGCGCAGCAUGUGGCGCUGUCUUCUCCUCAACCGCGCCGGACAUGGGGGCCAGCGGAAUCAUCGACCGAUAUCGACAAUUCAAACCCGUCGUCUUUAUCUGCCAGACCGAGGUGACAUACGCCGGGAAGUACAUCGACCUCCAAGCCAAGAUGACCCAAGUCCACGCGCAGCUUAAGGAACAGGUCGCCAAAUUAUCGCACUGUGUUGUGAAUCUCCGCAACGGACAUCCUGCCCGGCUCCCGGCCGGACCUCAAGUACGAGCAGCUUCCGUUCGACCAUCCGCUUUACGUGCUAUACUCGUAAAUUUCGCUCCCCUCCCGGCUGAUGCGCCCCGUACUGACAAGGAUUCAUCAACAGCUCUGGCACUACUGGACCCCCUAAAUGUAUCUGCAGCCCACUUUUCCCAGUUUCAACGCUACUUAUCUGACACAAUUUCACUAGGCAUCUGCCACGCAGCCGGACGGGUUCUCUUGCAGCACCGCAAGGAGCAUCUCUUGCACAAGUCCUUGACGCAAGGUUCUGUAUACUACCAAUACACCACUACGGGUUGGAUGAUGUGGAAUUACCUCGUCUCGGCCCUCGCAGGCGGCACUCAAAUUGUCCUGUACGACGGGAGUCCCCUGUACCCCAAGCCCUCGUCCCAGUUAGCUAUAGUCAAACGAGAGCACGUCGAGGAUUGGGGGACAAGCCCCAAGUUCCUGGAGUCCCUCAAGGCGACUUCCUUUGCUGUACCACCCUUGCCACAGCUUGCGGUUGUCGAUGUCACCGGAUCAGCCCUCUCUGCCGAGCUGUACGACUGGUUCUACACCAAAUUCCCUUCUAGGCUUGGGCUGCUCAGUGGAUCAGGUGGCACUGACCUAGUAGGGGGCAUUCUCAUGCCAUCGCCCAUGUCGACCAUCCACGCAGGCGAGAUCGCUGGCUGUGCGCUGGGUAUGAAAGCCAGGGUCUUUGACGAUGACGGACACGACAUCACCGACUCUGGUGCCAAGGGUGAGCUGGUUAUUACACGACCAUUCUUCAGCAUGCCGCUUGGAUUUCUGGGCCCUACUGGCAACCAGGCAUAUGAGAAGUCGUACUUUUCCAAGUUCCCUGGUGUCUGGUGCCACGGGGACUUUGUGCGACGUAAUCCAGUGACCGGGGGAUUUGAGGUCCUCGGCCGGAGUGAUGGAGUGUUAAAUCCGGGUGGCAUACGAUUUGGUUCGGCAGAGCUGUACUCAAUCAUUGAGCGCUUCCCCCAAGUCCAAGACUCGGUUGCGGUGGGCCAGAAGCUACCGGAUCUGCACGAUGAACAGGUUCUUCUCUUCGUCGUCCUCCGCCAAGGUCGGCUGGAUUCAGCACUGCGUGAUGAUAUCACAGCUGCUAUUCGAACCGGCCUGAGCGCGCGCCACGUUCCCAGCCACGUGAUACAGGUCAAGGACAUCCCGUACACGACCAACGGGAAGAAGAUCGAGGGCUUGGUGCGGGAUGUUGUCUCGGGAAAGCCAGUGACACCAUCUGCCGCGGUUGCCAACCCCGAGUCUCUGGAGGAAUAUAAAAAGUAUGAACGGCUGCGGUCUAGAAUGGUUAAGGUUUAG